UUGUCACACUUAAGUGUUAUUUAAUGCUGCUUAAAUUUUCUGUAAAUCAAAUUUCUAGUAGCUAAAAUGAAUCGCAAGGGACGGCCCAGAAAUUCAUCUUCCACCACGGAAUACUUUUACUCCGAAAGGACUCCUUCAUUGGGGAGAAGCCGAGCCCUUCUGGUGGCCAAAUUGAAGCGCGAAGAACAGAGUAAAACGUCCUUUGACUCCUCCACGGGCUACUAUUCCUACACCGAUGGCACCUCUUUGAGGAGAACCCCAAUCAACUUCUCACCCAGUCCGCAGUUAAGGCAAAGCCCAAAGGUUAAGUUAAAGCUGAUCGCCCUUUUUGAGGAUCACAAGUGUUUGUGGAACCAGUGUGAUAGGGACUUUUUUAACUUUGAGCGCAAGGAGGAAAUCUGGGAGGCGAUUGCCCAUGAAAUGAAACCGGAUUCCCCACCGGAGUUUUGGAAGCAUAUGAUGCACAGGCUGCGCUAUAAUGUCGACUUGAAGCGCAUCCAAGAGCAGGGGGCCAAACUUUUGGGCGAAACAGCGAGACCCAAACUAUUCUACGAGGAUAAACUUCACUUUCUCAAUCACAUGUUUCACAGAGAAAGGAAAAGUUUACCUAGGGAAAUUUUCAAGUCUCCGAGAUUUACUCUUGAAAAGCUUCCCUCGAAGAUGUUGGAAAAAGUGGCGAAAAAACCAAAAACCCACACUCCCAUCACGGAAAAGAUGGCUUCGUUCGAGAAGUUGAGAAACCACGAGAGAAGCAAGUUGGUUCUGUCCCGAGAAGCCUUUCAAAAAAUGCAGAAGGUCACCAGUGGAGGACCAUAUUAUUUAACCAACUUAAAGACAAAGAUUAAAUCGUAGUUUUUUACCAGGA